UCUAAAUUUAGGAACUUCUAAAUUUUUCAACCUAACUCUCUCCAACCCUGCCGAACGUAGUAAAAUAUGAAAUUGAUGAAACACAAGCAAAUGAAACACAAAUGGGUUUGUUGGUGUUUUACCAGCUUAGCGGAGGAAUCGUUUUUGUUCUGUCUGUCACUCAUGCAUGUAUGGCUACGCUCCCGUCUGUGUUCCAACAACUGCGUCUACUUUCCUUUCAUCCCUGCCUGUCAAAUCUCCUUAUAAAUCCUCUUGAUUUUGUUUAAAUAACUGCUAGAAAAGUAACUUGUCUUGAUUGCAGGAUGCAAUCAGGCAGUUGUGUUUGUCUCUGGGUUUGUCGCCUCCUUCCCCCCUCGAUUGAAUAUCCUCAGACACCUGCGAUCGACGGUUCAUGUUUCGCUGUUUAACGUGUGACAGGAACACAUUCUAUGAGCAAAUAUAUAUAGUUCAGAGAUGCAUGCUAGUGGGAUCUGGGCUGCAUAUGACAAAUCGUGAUUGGCAAACUGUCUUUCUUGUAGUGUUUGACAGUGUCGCCCUGCGUUCUGACUGCUUUUAAUGAGAAUCGGCUGCAGGAGAUUUCAGUUUGCAUAAGCUUCAGCUGAAGCUAUGAUGUAAAGGGAAGAAAUGGCAAAGAUCGAGGUCAGCACCCUGCGGAGGGAAGUCGCAGACCUCGGGCAGGUCAUGAAGAGAAUGGCCACGCUGAUGGAGUCUCUCACGCCGUCGGUGCCCCAACCUGCAAUAAUCUGCCCCACUCACUACUCGCCAGCCCACCACACGUACCUGCACUGCCCGUCCCCUCCUCAGCCCUGCCACUCACCGUCCAAAGCCGCCCCCAUCUGGACAGACUCGCCCGUGCCUCUGCCCUGCUCGUCCCUCACCGUCUCCCAGCAGCACGCCGCCAUGUGCUACGCGGACUCUCUGACGCACAGACCCCAGAGCCUGCAGUUGGUUUGUCCAGCUAUUAUACCCAAGUCAACUCCCCCUUUAACUCCAGAUUUAUCGUCUCGGCAACCGCCGCCGCGGCCGCCGCUCUCCGUCGUCCCGGAGCCUCCGCUGCCUUCUAGUUCUAUCAGGUUAAGAGUGCACAGUUCGCCUCCGCAGGACGGGGGGGCUGAGGACCCUCACAAGAGCCCCGGAUGCUCUCCUCAAACCGGAACCGUAAGACUCUACCCAAGCCAGAGCUAGGAGGGUUUUGUAGCAGAUCCCCUUUAGAACUCUCCUGGACUCUGCAGGACAAUUUCCAGGACGCUUUUUUUAUUUUUUGUUUUUGGGAUAUUCCUGAACUUAAAUAGACGACUGUUUAGCUGCGGUCUCGAAGGCAUUGUAGAGGAAUGCAACAAGCAAUUCUUUUUUGUUUUGGAAGCUCUUAAAAAAUCCAAUUGCAUGAGGACAGAAAAUGUUUAGGUGUAUAGCUUUAUAAAAAACUAAAACGUAGUGCUCUUAAGUGGCAUGUAGAGAUCUGAGUCGGCUUUGGAGUUUUACGGUGGACGAGGUCGAUCUUUAGUCCCACACCGUGAGGCUCCUCGGACUGGACUCUGCCGUAAUGGAGGUCGAGACGUUAACAUCGAAGAAGAGAGCAGUGGUCUGUGCUCGCUGCUUUCCCCUCUUCUUCUGCCUGUUAACCCUUCUUUCCUUGCUCACUCAACCCUCGUCGGAUGCUCUGGCUGCAGCAGAACAAUGCGUGACUGGUUGAAUUUGGAAAAGGGGACACUGUGAAACGAGAGACGGGGCGUCUCGUGCUCUUUACCCACCUGCCCGAGGCGAGGAAGGGGGUAAAAGGAUGAAGGAAAGUGUCUGUUGGAACGGUGCUGGUGGUGGCGAGGGACUCGUGCUACGCCUUGGGCAGAACAACCCCUGCUGUGGUCUGCCACACCGAGCACAGGGACUCUUUGCCUCCCCCUACUUUUGUCUCGCUUUUCCACAUGCCCCCCCCCCCUCCGCCCUCCUGCCCCUAUUUCUCUCUGCAUGCCUUUCCAAACCUUUUGAGUAGUGCCUGUAGACACACAUUAACAUGCUGCAUGUCGCCCCAUGGAGAUCCAGCUUGCCAUUUACCCCUUCUAUUUAAAGGAAACACGGUUUGGUAUUUUAAUCGCUAAACCUGGCAUUUACUGAUGCAUAUUUAGCACAAGUCAGCUCUGUUUGAACAAGGGUUAUUUUGGGGCACAAGGUAGUCACCCCUGUUGUAAAGUGGCCUGCAGCAAAACGCUCUCCAAUUGGUUCACGAGCCACACCAUAAUGCAUUCCCCACUGAUUGGCGCCCUGGGUUAGCAGCUCUGAGAUUGUCAGUUCACUCACCUGUCGGGGUGAAGGCAAUAUUCCCUCAUAAAGCACAAUAGGGAAAUAAAGACACUUU